AUCAGAGAAGCAGCAGCCCAAACGGUUACAUGUCUCCAACAUCCCAUUCCGCUUCAGAGAUCCAGACCUCAGGCAAAUGUUUGGGCAAUUUGGGAAGAUUUUAGACGUGGAAAUAAUUUUUAACGAGCGAGGUUCCAAGGGUUUUGGGUUUGUAACAUUUGAAACGAGUGCAGAUGCGGACCGUGCGCGGGAGAAACUAAAUGGUACAAUCGUAGAGGGACGCAAAAUAGAGGUCAACAACGCAACAGCAAGAGUAAUGACAAACAAAAAGGUGUCAAACCCUUACACAAACGGCUGGAAGCUGAACCCCAUGGUGGGAGCUGUCUAUGGUCCUGAAUUGUAUGCAGUGGCAGGUUUUCCCUACCCUAGUACAGGAGCGACGGUAGCCUAUCGCGGAGCUCAUUUCAGAGGAAGGGGGCGGGCCGUCUACAACACAUUCCGCGCCGCGCCCCCACCCCCACCCAUCCCUGCCUAUGGAGCUGUUGUUUACCAGGACGGCUUCUAUGGUGCAGAAAUAUACGGAGGUUAUGCAGCAUACAGAUACGCCCAGCCAGCAGCCACGGCUGCAACCGCAUACAGCGACAGUUACGGGAGAGUCUAUGCAACAGCAGACCCAUAUCACCACACGAUUGGUCCCACGGCCACGUACAGUGUGGGUACUAUGUAAAUAAAACCAAAACUAGAAGGAUGACAACAUGGAUGAAGAAAGAACACAAAAAAACAAGAUAAACGAAAUCAACAAAAAUACAAAAAGAGAGGACAUUGUCAUGAUCCCUUCUAUCAAGGCUUCAAGGGGAGGGUGGAUGGAAGAUGUUUUGGCCAAGCACCAUAACAACGGCCUAAACCACUGCGCCUGGAGUUUUAGGGGGGGGAGCGAGAUACAUCUUUCCCCUGGGACAAGCCUUGCUGGGCGGACGAGACCAAGAGAAAGGGCACCAUAAAACUAUUUUAUUUUUCUAAACUUUUUUAAGUUUAUGAUUUCCAAAAAGAGCAAAGAGUAAUGUAUGUAAAUAUAUUAUUAUAUGUAAUGUAUAAGUAUGCUUAAAAAAAAUGUGGGGGGAAAACAAACAAACUAAAAAACAGAGAUUUAUAAUGUGUCUUUGGGAAGUUCAGGUGAAUGGGAGGAGUGUGUGUGUGGGGGGCGGGGGGGGGGGGGAGACGCUGAUGGUAAGGGGCUGCUUGUCUGCCUGACAUGACUCAUAUGGACGUCAUGGUAAUGCCACGUUAACACCGUGGUGACGCCGUAGCAACGACCCGAGAUGGCAGGCGAAUGAGUGCUUGGCUGCGUCUUCCAUGGAAAUGGUAAAAACAUAUGACAUCACACACAAACUCUGACCACUAAUGGGCCACAUUUACAGGUCAGCCUCGGCAGUUAACUUGCCGUUUAGAAUGAAUUACUUUCUGUGGGUCAUGGUGAAAGUUAGGGAAAGUGAAAACAAGAAGUGAUGUCAUAUAAAGGGGGACAUUUAAACUCUGGUGUGGAGCUAAACUCUCGGAGCUACCUUCCACUUUAAAAACUGCUCUUCUCUACACGUUGCGCUUCCAGUUCACUUUGUAUCUCUGUAGCUUGAACUAAAAGACCCCCUCCAAUGUCAAUGGAAGAAGAAGAAGGUGUGUGUUCAGCAAGGAAGCAGAGAAGCCUGUAAAAAGCAAGGGAACACACACUGUAUUGUAUUUAGGUGUCCAGGGGGCAUGUGGAGUUAAAGUUAACAUGGACAACGGGUUGGAGGUUAAAGGUCAGGGGUUAGUAUCAAGAGGUCAUGUCUGUGGCCAGCCACAGCAGCCCCCUGAACCACGGCGUCGCUACCAAAACAUGUUGUUGUGUAGUUGUGGUUGAGGUGGCUGUGCUGUGUCGUAAACAAAUCACUUCUUUUGUACAUCGUGUUGGGGUGGGGGGUAGUGGGCAGGCUGGGGAUCGAGCUACAAAUUAGAAACAUGGGAGCUGUCCACUCCCAAU